GCGCGCACUGCUUCCGCAGUUUCUUCUCAUUUGCCAUCACCACUAUCUCAGGACUCAGUUGAAGGAUCUAUUUCCGAGUUACAUGAUGCCAGAAGAGAGGUUGGACGUAUCGCAAUCCCCAAGACUCCGCGACAGACCCGCACGACGUCCAAGCCCCUUAGAAGCACCGUCUAUUCGAGCAUCCAUAGCUAGAUCAUAUACUCCAUCCCCGCCAUUAACGGCUUCCUCCCAAAGGUCAUCGACAUCAAGACCACAUCUUUUCUUUGCUCUGGCCUCAGAUUCUCCAAAUCAAGUUGAAAAACUCUUGAGUUCAGGGAAAGCCAACGCCAACGAUACGGCGGGUCCGCAGGAUCUUCCGGCGCUGGUGUUCAGUCUGACGAACGAUCAGCUUUUGAACAAGACCGAGAUUGUCAAAACACUGUUAGCUCAUGGAGCAGAUCCAUCAGCUGUGGAGCAUUUGGUUCCUCAUGAUAGCAGUGACGAGGAAAGCAAAGAUUUAGAAGAGUCGCCCCUUGCAGGACAAAUUCGGAUCGCGCUAAACCCGGCCAUCGGCUACUAUAUCGGACGCCCGAAUGCCGUGACUCAGGGACAAAGGGAGGCAUUGCAAGCUGGACAAUACGAACCUCUGCUUCAAGCACGCUUCUACCUGAUUGGUCAAGAUCUUGUUCUGCAAGAGAUGACACGCGCCGUGGCAAGCCACUCCAAGAGAAAGAAGGAAUCUGCGUCGCUGUCACUUGUCUUAGUGGGACCAAGUGGACAUGGAAAAAGUUAUUUUGCUUCCAAAAUUGGGUCAUUGCUCAAGUCCCCCCAAUACAUCGUCAACAUGACCAACUUGCGAACGCAAGAGGACCUGCUGCAAGCCAAAUCGCUAGCAUCCGAAUCAGACGUGAGCUUUGAUUCAGAUAAUCUGCAACAUUUCUUGGCACGGCAUGAAGGUUCGCGAUGUGUAGUGAUCCUUGAGGAGAUCGAAAAGACUGCUGAUAAGCAGGUGUUGCAUGCUUUGCUAAUGCCGUGGGAGUUGGGCAAGCUUCCUGCUUCACCCCAGUUAGUAUUCAAUACCUCUCCAGUUAUCUGGGUCUGUACGUCAAAUGCUGGGGAAGAACUUGUAUUCGAAUGUCACCACGCGAAGGAUAUGACUACCAAGUCAGCGCGGGAAGAGUAUCUUAAACUGAUGGCACGGAUGAGGAGCCGUCUCGCUGAUGAAAUUGGGGCCUCUAUCGUCUCCCGCGUGAAUGCUGUUCUACCAUUUUUACCGUUCACAGUUGACGAGCAGCGUGCUCUCGCAUCAGAAACGCUUUCGGAGCUGAUAGCCAGGGAGGAGGUUCGGCCAGAAUGGUUAAAUACAGGGGCGUCAGACGAGCUGGUAGAGAGCGCCAUCGCGGAAUACAUGGAACGUGAGGGCGCCCGCUCAAUUCAUCGAGCUGUGCAGAUGAGAUUUGAGGAAGGGAUGUGCAACGACUAAUGUAUUGCUCGGACAUAUUAGCUAGAAGGGGGAGAGUGCAGCUACAGUGACGAGUACUACAGUACUUAAGCGAUUUGUUGUGCUCCAUUAGUGGCCUACGAUGGUGAUGACUGGGAAUUUGAGCCUGCCCCAUGACAAAAGAAAUAGAAU